AUGGGAUGGAAGGCGAUUGACUGGUCUCGGUGGACCACAAAUCCCUAUUAUGCCUUAGUGAUCUUUAUUAUAGCCUGUGGCAGCAUUCCUAAAGGUUACGAUGAGGGUGGCUACAGUGCCAGCGUCAAGCUCGAGUCGUUCAUGGUCGACUUCAACCUCCUGUCCUCUAACUGGACUAACGAUGCCACUGGCCUUGCCAACCGCAAGGCGAACAUAACCUCCUUCAAUGUAUUGGGUGCUGCGUUUGGUGCGCUGUUCUCGCUGGACCUGAACGAUCGCUUGGGUCGAGUACGGACAUGGCAACUGUCUGUUUUGGUCUGGGGAUCGGGCCUUUUCAUCCAAGUCUUCUCCUCCGGCAUCUAUGGUCUAUUACUGUUUGCUAGAAUUUGGAGUGGCUUGGGCGCCGGUGCCUUAACGGUGACUACGCCCUUGUACCUGUCAGAGAUCGCGCCGGCAAGGACUAGAGGCUUGGUAGUCAGCGUUUAUAUGGUGGUUUUGCUCACCAUCCUCACUGUGGGGUUCUUUGUCAACUAUGGGGCUGACCUGCAUAUGGCCCCUACCCGGGAACAAUAUCGCCUGGUCCAGUCGAUUCCACUAAUCCCUACGGGCUUGGCUUUCUUUGCUUCCUUCAUUGUACCUGAGACACCUCGUUAUCUGGUGUCCAAGCAGCGGCCCGAGGAGGCGCGAGCUGUACUAGCUCGGUUCCGUGGGAAAGACAUCUCCGAUCCCGAGGUUGAUGAAGAAUUUAGUACAAUCGAAGCUCAAGUGCGCGCCAAGGCAGCAGACUUGGCGUCUGUCAGUCACUGGCAAGCUUUCAAGGAGUCCCAGUUAAACCCCAAUUAUCGGCAGCGGUUCUGGCUCCUCAUGACCAUGCAAACCAUCGCCCAGUGGACCGGAGGAAACGGUAUCACUUAUUACAUCUCUAAUAUCUUCCAGUAUGCUGGCAUCACUGGAAACGCCGAAUCUCUCAUCUCCUCAGGUGCAUAUGGCAUUGUCAAGGUUGUCUUCACACUGGCGUUUACUUGGGUUUUCAUUGAUCUCCUUGGCCGACGUCGCUGCGCGUUGACCGGACUUAGUCUCCAGCUGGCUGCUCACAUCUACAUGGGCGCUUACAUGGGUCUGCAACCGGGCGCCGCUAAAAACGAGAACGCUUCCAAUGCCGCCAUUGCAUCCGUCUUUAUCUAUGCCGUUGGCUGGUCCAUCGGUCUCUGCACCAUUCCGUACCUGUAUGGUACAGAAAUCUUCCCCACUCGCAUACGUAACGUGAGCUACGCUCUCAGCAUGACUUUGCAUUGGUUCUUCCAAUUCGCUGUCGUUCGGGUCACACCCAACAUGUUCGUUUCCCUUAACGUCUGGGGUGCGUACCUAUUCUGGGCCAUCAUCUGCUUUCUGGGCAUCAUUAUCCUCGGUAUUUGGAUGCCCGAGACCAAAGGUGUUCCCAUGGAGCGCAUGGGCGAUCUCUUCGAUUGCCCUUGGUACCUUCGCUGGCGUGCGAAGCCGAAGGAUGUCGCGUCUUCUUCGGCCUCCACUGCCGGUGAGGGCAGCGUCGAUGCCAAGCAAGUGGACAGCAAAAGUGUGCCUCUGUAG